UUUACGUCACGAUCCAACUCUAAACAUCUGUCGGCUGCAGCGCAUCGGGACGGCGUCUACCUGUGGUUUCACCUUCGUGUGAUUUUAUAUCCAGCUGCUCGUUUGUCUGUAACAGAGGAAGUCCGAGCCGAGGCCGAGCAGGUGGGAUUCAGACGGCGGCCUCAGGUGUGCAGCGGUAGCGGGCAGGACAGGUUGCUGUUCAUUAGGAUCCAGCUCCAUCUCAGCUCCCUGCUCCUCCUGCUGGAUCUGAGCGUCAGGAUAGGGAAGCAAAGCGAGGCAGCAGCCGCUGGCGGUGCAGCCAGCUCGGGGGACCAAAUGUCCGAAAGUCCGGAGAAGGAUGCCUCGGUGUCGGCUCAGGAGCUGAAGGAGCAGGGAAACCGGCUCUUCCUGAACCGCAAGUACCUGGAGGCUGCAGCCUGCUACAGCAAAGCCAUAGUAAGGGGCCACAGCCCCUCCGUCCCAGCGUACUACACCAACAGAGCGCUGUGCUACGUGAAGCUGCAGCAGUACGACAAAGCUCUGGCGGACUGCAGACAGGCUCUGGAGCUCGACAGCCAGUCGGUCAAAGCUCACUUCUUCAUGGGUCAGUGUCACCUGGAGAUGGAAAACUAUGACGAGGCCAUCGGCAACCUGCAGAAAGCUUAUAAUCUGGCAAAAGAGCAGCGGCUGAACUUCGGAGACGACAUUCCCAGCGCUCUGCGCAUCGCGAAGAAGAAGCGCUGGAACAGCAUGGAGGAGAGGAGGAUCAACCAGGAGAGCGAGCUGCAAGCCUACCUCACCAGACUCAUCCUCGGGGAGAAAAAGAGGGAGCUGGAGCGCUGCAGGCAGAAGCAAGAGGACAAGUCGGACGACAGCAGAGUCCAACAGCGUCUCAACGAGAUCCACACCAAACACGACAAAUACCUGUCGGACCUGGAGGAGCUGUUCUGCCAGGUGGAUGAAAAGAGGAAGAAGCGUGAGAUUCCAGACUUCCUGUGUGGAAAGAUCAGCUUUGAGCUGAUGAGGGAACCGUGCAUCACGCCCAGCGGCAUCACCUACGACCGCAAAGACAUCGAGGAGCACCUGCAGAGAGUCGGCCAUUUUGACCCGGUGACCCGCACGCCACUGACCCAAGAUCAGCUCAUCCCAAACCUGGCCAUGAAGGAAGUCAUUGACGCUUUUAUUUUGGAGAAUGGAUGGGUGGAGGACUACUGAGCCAGCGUGUUCAGUUCAGCUUUAUUUAAAAUAAGUCACGGGGGGGGGGGGGUUGUGUUGUAAGGUGGAGACUCUGUGACGGCUGUUGUGUCAGCGUCUCCGUAUUUCCUGUCACGUGUUUCCUGUUCCAGCCGUGGAUGUUCAUAUUCUACAGCAGAGUUUCUAAUAAUGAGCUCAGUGUGUGUGCAGUAACGAGCCAAACACUCAGACUGCUCUAAACUCUCACUGCAUCUUAUUUUUUCCACUCUUGGGUCUGUAUGAUGUCAUAGAGAAUGUCCCUAAUAUGGUCAUCUCGGCCAGGGCCAGCCAAUCACAAAAACCAUGGCCUAAAGGGGGAGGAGCUAAGACAGCUGGGAAAGGAUGAGCUGAGGGGCUGCCCCGGGGCCAGUAUGAGAUUAUUUUAAACUGUGACUUGUGCACAGCUGCUCUCGAGUCUGAGAAAUGAGCUGAAUGUGUUCAGUUUAAACAGGAAGCAGAUGUUUUCAGUUUACUGAGUAAAAUCGAGUGCGUCUGCUUUAAAACUCAGGCUGGAAACAAAAACCCCGAGAAUCACACGACUACAAUCGCACCGCAAAACAAUCGUUACAGGAGCCGAGGUUCAUGUUUGAGUAAAGAGAUCGAGUAUGAAAUCAUCGCUUACUGGCCAAUCAGAUCUCUGGAAAAGGUGUCACCAUUCCUGCUUUUGCCUUGAGUUUGGACUUUCCCACAGUGUAGGAGAGCUUCGAUCCAAGGAGCUGAUGUGGUCCACCUGUCAGAGGACGCCCUCUCAGAGUGGUUUUACCGCUCCAGCUCACUUCAGGUGAAACUGGACUCGACGUGGACAGUGACCCCAUGCAGGUUUGCCCCCCCCCCAUCCCCGCUCUAAAGCCUGGUGAUUUUCCUGGAUGUUGAACCUGCGUCGUCGCUCCGGCCCCUUCAGGUUUAAAUGUUUGCUGACUGAAAACGUGCCUGCAGAUGGAAACAUCGAUUUUUUUUUUUUUUUUUUUAUCUGCACGUUUGUUCAGAUUCUGAUUUUGAACUUUUUCCGUGUUCAGUUUUCCAGACUCCAGUCAGGACGCCUCAGAUGUGAUUUUACAUGUUGCUUAAUAUUUCGUACUCGGCCUGUUUCAGCUUCACUGCGUUUGUGUGUCAUAGUUUCUGCUCGAGCAGAUGUUACAGGUCCAGUACCUGCAGAUAAACCCGGAAUUAUCAACCUGCUCAUGUUUGAAAAUGUUCAAUAAAAAUAAAAAAUCUU